AUGGUGUCUCAACAGAUCACACAGCUGCCUCUCCAGGCCGACUCUGAGCGGCCAGACUACAUGAAUCCUGGGAUCUUUCGACGAAACUGCCUCCCUGCGCGAUCGUAUCACAUCCCUCCAACAUCGAUGCUGCUGAAUGGAAACUGGGAAUUCCACAUGGCCAGGGCCCCGCUGGUAGCCCCAGUACCCGGCGAAGAAGAUAUCGACGAGACGUGGUCCAAGAUCAGUGUUCCGGGUCACUGGCAAUUGCAGGGCUGGGGUAAGCCCAAUUACACCAACACACAAUUCCCAAUUCCAGUGUGCCCUCCAUUCGUACCUACCGAGAAUCCUACUGGAACCUACCGCCGUCGGUUUCAAGUGCCAAAGGAAUGGGAUGCAACCGACGAGAUUCGCCUGCGCUUCGAUGGUGUCGACAGUGCAUACCACGUUUGGGUGAACCAGAACUUGGUGGGCUAUGCACAAGGCAGCAGAAACCCCUCCGAAUUCGAUGUUACACCUUAUCUUCGGAAGAACGGCGACAAUGAGGUUUUCGUACGUGUUUAUCAGUGGUCAGAUGCGACUUACAUUGAGGAUCAAGAUCAGUGGUGGCUGUCCGGAAUAUUCCGUGAUGUGACGUUGAUUGCAUUCCCAACAAAUGAUCGGUUGAAUGACUGGUUUAUUCGGGCAGACCUAGAUCCGACUUACACAGACGCAACACUGCUCGCAACGAUCGAUUACCAGGUAUCCAAGCAAAGUAGCCUUGAAAUCCGAUUGAUCGACUCGAUUGAUGGCGCGAGAAAGACGAUAUCAUCAGCAGAACGAAUCUUGCAGCCAGAAAUUUCCAAGGUCGAGUUAAAAGUGCCAGUAACUGCUCCUCAGAAGUGGACUGCCGAGCGGCCUUACUUAUAUGAGGUGGAGAUGAUCUUAUCAGCCCCGGGCUCUGACAAGACCUCGAAGACUACUCAGCGAAUUGGUUUCCGCAAAGUAGAACGCAAAGGUGGUCUGAUCACAGUCAAUGGGAAGGCCAUCAGGCUUCGUGGUGUUAACCGACACGAUCACCACCCUCUUCUGGGCCGGGCGGUGCCGCUGGAUUUCAUGAGAAAAGAUUUGCUUCUUAUGAAAGCCCACAAUGUCAAUGCCCUUCGGUGCAGCCACUACCCUCCUGACCCUCGUCUUCUAGACAUGGCAGACGAGCUGGGUUUCUGGGUCAUUGACGAGGCCGACCUUGAAUGCCAUGGUUUCUAUGAUGCAGUAGCUCGCCCGAUGGACAUGGAUGAGACGCUUGGCUAUGAAGAGCGCAAAGCCCAAACUUUCCCAAAGUGUGGCAUGCACACAUCGGACAACCCCGCUUGGCGAGAAGCCUACGUUGACAGGGUGCAAGCACUCAUCCAACGAGACAAGAACCAUACCAGCGUCAUCAUCUGGUCCAUGGGAAAUGAAGCGUUCUUCGGUAGUUGCCAUCGCUCGAUGGUUGAGACUGCCCGGGCCUUUGACAACACGCGUUUGAUUCAUUACGAGGGUGACAUUCACGCAGAAACGACCGAUAUGUUCAGCUUCAUGUAUCCUGAUAUUGAACGCUUGCGAUCACUCGCAGCUACUGAAGAUGUUGCCGAUGACGGUACAUUUGACAAGCCGAUCAUUCUUUGCGAAUAUGCCCAUGCCAUGGGCAACGGGCCAGGUCUGCUGGCAGACUACGAGAGAUGCUUUGAUGAAAUCCCCCGCUUGCAGGGUGGCUUCAUCUGGGAAUGGGCCAACCAUGGAUUGUGGGUAAAGGGUAAAGACGGUAAGGGCGGCUUUUAUGCAUACGGUGGAGACUUCGAUGACUAUCCUAAUGACGGAACCUUCGUGAUGGAUGGGCUCCUGAACAGUGCCCAUGAGCCGCUCCCGGGCCUCCUGGAGUUGAAGAAGGCUUUCGAGCCCGUCAAAUUGGAAAUCAAGGGACAGGUUUUGUCUCUGAAGAACAAAUACGACUUCUUGGAUCUAGGCCAUCUUCAAGCUUCGUACCAGCUUGAGGCAUUUGGCGAACAAGCCAAAACUCUGGCAACCGGAAUACUUAUACUACCUCAUCUUUCAGCCGGGCAGUCUGCGGAGGUUCCUAUCCCAGAAGAGCUCUUCCAGCACAACUUUCACCCUGCCUUCUUGACCAUUACAUUGCAACAGCGAGAGAAAGUCGAAUGGGAUGAGAAUCAUUUUACGGUUUCUUGGACGCAAAAAUUGGUAUCCGCCCCUUCUGAGAAGCCCUCUGCCAUCGGCGUGAGCUCUAGUCAGAUGCAAAACGCCAUCAAUAUCAACACUGCCAAGACCACUGUUUCCAUCAGCGGAGCGGACUGGUCCUUUGAGUUUGAUCGUAUCCACGGACAUCUUAGGAAGUGGGUUUUUAAGUCGAACACGAUUCUCGAGUCCAGUCCAGAUGCCGGGCCAGCCAUGAUCCCUGCCUUCUGGCGUCCUCCCACGGACAAUGAUGUGCCUUCCGCUGCGCCGUACUGGAAGCGGUUCGGGGUGAACGAUAUCACGAAUCAACUUCGCUCAUUCGAAGUCACUUCGUCUGAAACAGGCGGUGUUUGUGUCAACAGCGACACAUUCCUUUCGCCGCCGGUUCUCUCCUGGGGCUGGAAAUGUCUCGCACAAUACCUGGUCAAUCCCGACGGGUCAUUGUCCGUAUCCAUCAAAUUACAACCUAAGGGUGCUGCACCCACCACUGUCCCACGAGUUGGUUUGAAUCUUCGCGCCAGCUCUGAUCUGACAUCUGCACGUUGGCUCGGGCUUGGACCUGGGGAGUCCUACCCUGACAAGAAAGCGGCGCAGAAGUUCGGUCUGUGGAAUGUUGACAGCAUUGACUCUCUACGGACUGAAUAUGACGUUCCCCAGGAGAACGGCAAUCGUGUGGACACAGCGUGGGUAGAGCUCGUUUCGUCGAAUGGAACUGGUUUCCGUGCAACCCCGCGGGAAAGCACUUGGUUGACUGGAGGUGCUAGUGGGUUGAGUUGGACCGCCAGCUGGCACUCUGACAAGCAAAUAGAAGAUGCCCGGCAUCCUUGUGACUUGGUCGAUGAAGGUGUCUUGUUCGUCAGAUUGGAUCAGCAGGUCGCGGGAGUUGGAACUGCGGCGUGUGGUCCGGGACCUAUAGAUGAGCACUUGAUUUCUGUGAAAGAUAUCGCGUUUGGCAUGCUGUUAGAACCCGUCUCACUAUAG